AUGUCUGCACCACCAACAGCAGCUGCCUCCACACCAGAGGAACGCGCGAAAGCGUUCGAGGCAGAUCCGCGCAUUCAUUUUGACAGAGAGUCCAACUCUUGGCGCUACGAGCAGGACGACGGCACAGAGCUCGAGUAUGACACUGCCAAAGCAGCAUGGGUUCCUGUUCUCGAUGAAGAUCUCAUAAAGAAACAACAAGCCGCAUAUUCAGUGGCUGGUGUUGAUGAAGAGACCCCUGCUGCCCCCAUCUUAGCUCGCAUCAAGAAGCGCAAGCAGGAGGACUAUACGUCUGCCAGUGCUCCAGCAGGACCUUCAAAACGCGGCAAGGGUGACAAGGAACAACAAGCUAGGUCUAAGAAUACUGCUGUCUAUGUCACCGGCCUCCCUCUUGAUACCGACGUGGAUGAAAUCGUCGAACGCUUCAGCAAGUGUGGUGUGAUUGAGGAGGAUGACGAGGGCGAUCCCAAAAUCAAACUUUAUGCCAACGAGGAUGGCAACUUCACAGGGGAAGCCUUGGUCGUCUUCUUCAAGGAAGACUCCGUCAUCUUGGCCAUCAACCUAUUAGACGAAGCCGAGCUUAGGAUAGGAGACGCGUCGACUGUGAUAAAAGUUCGGAAGGCAGAGUUCGGCCACAAGAACUCAGGUGGAAGUGGAGAGACCAAUGGGGCAGCACGCCCACGAAGGACUGUGGACAAGAAGAAGAUCACGAGACGAAUUGGCAAGAUGCAGAAAAAGCUACAAGAAUGGGAUGAUGACGACGGCUUCGGUCCAUCAAAGACAGAGGAGGACAACUCCCAAGCCCUCAACAAGAAUAGUCGCGUGGUUGUAUUGAAACAUAUGUUCGCUAUAGAAGAUCUCGAGAAGGACGCGACGUUGCUCUUGGAUCUGAAGGAGGAUGUCCGCGAGGAGGCAUCAACGCUGGGCGAAGUAACAAAUGUUGUUUUGUACGACAAAGAACCUGAUGGUGUCAUGACCAUCAAGUUCAGAGAACCGCUCAGUGCUCAAGCUUGUGUUAUUAAAAUGAACGGCCGAUUCUUUGAUGGAAAACGGAUCGAGGCCUCGUUGUAUGCGGGUAAGCAGAGGUUUAAGAGAAGUGGCGCUGGCGAUGAAAUGGAAGGAGACACCGACGAGGCAGAGAAGAAGCGGCUAGAUACUUUCGCACAAUGGCUGAUGGCCGAGGGCGAUUAA